UGACUGUGACCUGCUGUCAGUUGCCCGAGCCCUGUGCCACGGUUAGGACCGUCACAUUAUCAGUCUAACGACUGAAAGACGAAAGGCAUCACGAGGAGUCGAUAGGCAAUUUUUAUUUGUUUUUAAAGUUAUUAUUAGAAAAAUAAUUAUUAUUGUCAAACACAAUCAACCUGAUUCUCGUCUAGUCGUGAGCUAGAGGUUUUUUUUUUUAUAAAAAAUUGCAAUAAAUAAAUAAAUAAAUAAAUUGAAUAGUUUGUGGUGUUUUUUAAAAUUCAGUGACUUGUACCAAGUGAAAAUAAUAAAUAUAAAUAAGAGGGCAGGUCAUUGCUCAUAUCACAGCGUGCCUAAGGAUGUCCUGGUAGCGCUGGAGAAUCGCAUCACUCCCCGGAGAGUCGCGAGAAGAGAUGGCGUGGAGAUUAUCGUACGAGAAAAGCACUGCAACGAGCACGAUACUUCUCGUCCUGCUGGUACUGCUCGAUGCAGCAUUCGUAUGGAAGCAGGUAAACGCAGCACCAGUAAAACGUAACGACGUUUCAGCGGGAACUGAAUUUUUAAGUGUAUUUAUAAACGGUGCAAUGGCACCAACACCACGACGUCGAGGUUUCAGACGCAACCAGCACUCGAUCCAGGACAAUGCAGUAGCUGAAUCCCGACACAGCGAGGCAUCAAUUUACCGGAUAUCACGUGCGCCCUCCAGUCCAAGGCCAACGACAUCGCGACCGAGUCACCGGGAAAUCGGCGCGAAACUUUACCCAGUUAGCCACAAGUCUUUGGAGCCCCCUAAUCGAGAGCACACGCAUUUAUCUGACGAUUUGGGAACAGAAGACAUAGUCCGUUUGAAACCUCUUAUGUCGGUAACGCAUAACCCUUUAAGCGACAAACGGAUCAACGGAAACACAACCAAGCCUAAAAGCAUCAGCAGAAAAGUUAUCGGGGUUAGUGUCACGUCCACAGUCGAGGCGACACCUUACAAAGUAAGAGUUGAGCACUACGACAACGAGCAGCUGACAAUGAUAACAAGGCCGCCAAUUAGCGGGUCUUCUUUCGCCGCAAGUAGCAAUUUAGCAGCAACCGGUAUUGGAACCGGUACCGCUAAAUCGGGCUCGAUGAUUACUACCGAAACUUCAACCUGGACCACGUCAACUAUUCCGACACCCGUAAAAACGUCAACUGUUAAGACGUCGACUCCGAUUCCUGCUAAAUUAGUCACCGAGGAGCUCACCAAUAUUGUAUCGGAGUCAAACCGCAGCGAGUUUUCAGUGGACGAAGGCCUUCCGCGAACCAGUUGGCGAGCAAGGUCAUCUGUGACACCAGAAUCGACGAUCACACACUCAGUGCCAUUUUCAACCUCGUCAAGCUUCCCGAAAUCGCAAGAGCACAAAGAUUCUCUUGAGAUGGCCACUAGCUCAGAGCCUGUCGAGCAGAGUUACGAGCUGCCCGACGAGAACUCGGAAAUCCACGAGGUCCAAGAUGUCGCUCACCUGCAGGCUCGCAAAGCGGGCAGGCACUACGACAGCUCUUUGUUCAAUCAGCCGCCCAAGGUCUAUCCCCAACCUUCAAAAAUUUACCGAAAACCCUCGCGGAUUUACGGAGAACCUGUCAAAAUCUACAGUGAGCCGGCAAAAGUCUACGGUGAGCCCGAAAAAGUCUACAGUGAGCCUUCAAAAAUUUACAGUGAGCCUUCAAAAAUUUACAGUGAGCCUUCGAAAAUUUACAGUGAGCCCUCGAAAAUUUACAGCGAGCCUGCGAAAGUUUAUGGGGAGCCCGAAAAAGUCUACGGAGAGCCUGCGAAAAUUUACUCCAAGCCGGCUAGGGUUUACAGCGAGCCUGCUAAGGUUUACAGUGAGCCCGCUAAGGUUUACAGUGAGCCCAGCAAAAUUUACGGGCUGGAUGGGCAGCCGAUUAACCAUGAACCCGAAGAAGAGAACUACGAGGUAGAUGAGGCUGUGAGUGUUGGCAGCAAUGGAAAUGUUCACGGUCCUCAAGGGGUCACAGAAGCGCCAAACUCGGGUGCAGUCGACGCUUCUGAAGACGGGCACAACAAAGUUGGGUACGUGGUCGAGGGAAGAAAUUAUCGCAAGUACCGCGUCGAGGAGCGUACGCCCGACGGAUUUAUCGUCGGAGAAUACGGGGUUGUUAGCCAUGAUGAUGGUUCUUUACGGGGUGUUCGUUACACUGCUGAUGGAACCAUAAAUCCUAGGCUAAUUUACGACGCGUUGAUGAAAUUUCUUGCUCUUUAAUUAAAAGAAACUUUAAUAAUCGCAUUACACAGAAAAAAGGCUCUUGAAUGAGAAAUUUCUUUAAAAAA